AUGAUGUCAACCGGUGUCGCUCCUGAAAUGACAAAUAUCCUGAUCAAUGGCACUGGCCAGUUCGGUUGGGGCCCCAAGCCAGAAAAGUACACCAUCUGGCUUGACGAAGGACAGGCGCACAUGUUGAUCUUGGUUAAUACCGCUGUUGAUACCACCUUUGUUUUUUCUAUUGACAACCACACCUUGGAGGUCAUUGAGGCGGACUUUGUUCCCAUCAAGCCGUACAACACGACACACAUCAAGAUUGGGAUCGGCCAGCGCUACCAUGUUCUUGUCCAUGGACACGAAAAUGGGUACAAGACGGAGAGAUACGGCAACUACUGGAUGAGAGCCACCCCUGCUCGAAAGUGCUCCAAGUUUGCGUUCGGUCCAGACGAGCAAAUGGGCAUUGUUCGGUACAACAGGACCAUGCCGCCCAGGGGCUGGCAAGACCCUCUCUCGGAGCCGUCUCUGUACGAUACCAUGUGUGCGGAUGAGCCCUAUGACAAGUUGGUGCCCUGGAGGCCGUGGACAGUGGGCGAUCCUGUCAAUAUCGAUCCCAAGGUUGAAGACCCGUACACGCUCCCGAACAACUCACAGUACAUCUUCAACGUCGGUAUGAUCAGCUCUGGCGGACCUAACAGCUCCAUGCCGUACAUCCCCAACGACAAAGCAUACACCCGCUGGAUGAUGCACGAAGCCCCCUUUCGCAUCAAUUUUUCCGACCCGACCCUCCUCGCCCUGGAUCGCAUCAAUGAGCUCAUCGACAAGCCCUACCUUGACGUGGUCACACUCCCCAAUGCCACCGAUGACCAAUGGGUCUGGAUGGUAAUCACGGCCCCAGACAAGAUCCCGCAGGAAGGUGGUAGAAUCUUCUUCCCUGCUGCUCACCCCAUGCACUUGCACGGUCACGACUUUGCCCUGCUGAGGCAGAGCAAAAAGAACUGGUAUGAUGACUUGGAGAUUGGCCAUGAAGGGGAGGGGAGGUGGUUCACGCCGGAUAAGCUGAAUUGCAGGAAUGACAAGUUGAAGUGUGAUAACCCGCCUAGGAGGGAUGUGGUGCUGUUGCCGGCGACGGGAUAUGUGAUUAUUGCUUUCAAGGCGGACAAUCCGGGAAUCUGGAUUUUACAUUGUCAUAUCGCCUUCCAUGCCUCGUCCGGGUUGGCGAUUCAGAUUAUUGAGAACAAGGAGAGGAUCCCCGAGAUUUUGGGGAGGCACGGGGGCAGGGAGGCGAUUGAGGAGAGCUGUGAGAGCUGGAGGGCGUGGCAGAGCAAUCCGAUUAAUCAUUGGGAUUGGCAUCAUCCGGACCAUUUUCAGGAUGAUAGUGGUGUUUGAGUGGAGACUCAUGAAGAGCUUAUGUCCGGGUGGGAUGUCAGGCACUAGGUAGGUAAUGUGGAUGAUGAGGGCAAGUAACACGCAUGGCUCAGCAGGUCUUAAUGGGCUGUCUUUGUUUGACACACGACAAACAAGCCGCACAAGUAUGUAGCCUUUAGCACAAACCAACCACUCGUUUUUCGUCAAGUUGAACAUCAUUAUGCCGCCGGCGGUACCUCUGCGUCAUCCCACAAGCUAGCCAAC